GAGUUUUGUGUGUUGUUCAUUAUUUAUAACUUGUCUAACUAAAUAUACAUCUCUCUUCUCACUUCCUUCAUUGAUGAAAAAUGGAAAGCUACAAAGACAUUAAAAUGGAAGAUCAUCAUCCAAUGUAUUUCAUUGACAACAACAGUUUUGGAGUUACUAAUAACCACUCAUUAAUCUCAGAUUACAAUAUUAACACAUCAUCUCUGGGUUUCAUGGAGUUAUUGGGUUUUCAUCAAGACUUUUGUUCAGUUUUUGAGUUACCUAAAGAAGAAAACCACUAUCCUGCUGCUUGUGUAUCUGAAGAAGAAAUAAAGCCGCCAUCAUCAUCUGUAGCAGCAGCUGAGAAACAAAAAAGUAGUACUACUACUGUAGUAGCUACAGGUAACGUAUUGAAUACGCCAUCUACCCCUAAUUGCUCCUCCAUUUCCUCUGAAGGACAUGGAGAUGCUGAUGGAGAAGUAGAAAAUCAUGAGCAAAAAAACACAAACGCUAAACAACAGUUGAAAGCGAAGAAAACAGUUAGUCAGAAGAAACAGAAAGAGCCGAGAUUUGCGUUUAUGACAAAGAGUGAGGUUGAUUUUCUUGAAGAUGGUUAUAGAUGGAGAAAAUACGGUCAAAAAGCUGUCAAAAACAGUCCUUUCCCCAGGAACUAUUAUCGCUGCACAAAUGCAACAUGUAACGUAAAGAAGAGAGUAGAGCGAUGUUUCAGUGACCCAAGCACUGUGGUGACUACCUACGAAGGAAAACAUACUCAUCCAAGUCCCAUGAAUACGAUGAUCUCCCGUCCUAACUGCUAUCCAAUAAAUCCACUACUCCCUUCACUUGGAGCCUACACUCUGCCAAUGCAGUUCAACACCAAUCAGUCCUUCAACGACAACUUAACAACGAGUUCUAAUUUAGCCUUCAAUAAUCAGCUUGAUCAUGCUGCUUUUGUUGCUCAAGGAAGGCGUUUUUGCAGUACUAACGAAAUUCUGGGAGACCAGGAGAAUGAUCUACAGAAUCUUAUGCCUUCCGCGGUGCUAAAACAUGACUACAACAGAUGAUGAUGAUGUAUAUAGAGGGUUUAUAUAGUCGAUCAGUUAAAUAAUUAUAUGCAUUAUAUUACUUUGUUAUAAUUUAGCCUAGUGGUACUCUUACUCGUAUUUCUAAUAUAUUCAUAUCGGAUAUCUCAUGGGUCUAACAUUGACAUUUUCGGAUUCUCUAUGCAUGUGUAUACUUUUCUAGAAUAGUAGUCCUUUCGUUUCACUUUGUUAA